AUGGCCAGGCGCAGGGCGCUUCUCUCGCCGGCCUCCUCCCGCCCCGGGGCCCGGCCCAGGAGGAGGAGCCGCGCGGGGGGGCUUCUGCUUCGCCGGGGCCCCCUCCUGCAGCUGGACGCCCCGCCGGGCCAGAAGCCGAGCGGCGUCGGGGCGGCUGGGGGCCCCGCCCGCCUUCGGCUGCCCGCCCCGCCGCCGAGCGCUCCUUUCCCCGCACGUCGCCUCCCCCGAGAACCGUCGGCGCCCCGGUGGCUACAACCCAUGGUGGCGAUCUGCUCUGCAGACCAGUUCUGGCAGGAGGCCCAGAGUCUCAUGAACACAACUCCUGCCAUAGACGGGCAUAACGACUUACCCUGGCAGAUGCUCAGCAGAUUCAACAACCAGCUCUCCUUGCCGGCAGCUAACCUGUCUCAGCUCGAAGGCACCCACACCAACCUCCCGAAGCUGAAGACGGGGCAUGUGGGGGCACAGUUCUGGGCAGCCUACGUGCCCUGCGAGACCCAGAACAAAGAUGCCGUGAAAAGAACCCUGGAACAGAUAGACGUCAUCCAUCGCAUGUGUCUUCAAUACCCAGAAGCUCUUGCAUGUGUCACCGACAGUGCAGGGAUUGAGGAAGCCUUCCGCACCGGACAGGUGGCCAGCCUGAUUGGCGUGGAGGGCGGGCACUCCAUCGAUAGCAGCUUGGGCGUCCUGCGCACCUUCUACCAGUUGGGGGUCCGCUACAUGACUCUCACUCACAGUUGCAACACUCCCUGGGCUGAUAACUGGCUGGUGGACACAGAAGCUGAGGAACCGGAGCACCACGGGCUGUCUGACUUUGGGAAGCGUGUGGUUAAGGAGAUGAACCGCUUGGGCAUGAUGGUGGACCUGGCUCACGUCUCCGUGGAGACCAUGAAAGACGCCUUGAACGUCUCCAGGGCACCAGUGAUAUUCAGCCACUCUUCUGCCUAUGCGAUCUGCCCCCACCGACGCAAUGUACCAGACGAUGUGCUCCGCAGAGUGAGAGAGACCCACGGCCUCGUGAUGGUCAACUUCUACAAUGACUAUGUGUCCUGCAGCUCUGAGGCCACCCUUUCUCAGGUAGCUGAUCACAUGGACUACAUCAAGCACGUUGCCGGGACUGAGGCUGUCGGACUUGGAGGAGAUUAUGAUGGCGUUGGCAGAGUUCCGGUUGGCUUGGAGGAUGUCUCUAAGUACCCCGACUUGGUCGCAGAGCUGCUGCGGAGGAACUGGACGGAGAGCGACGUGAGAGGCACCCUGGCAGGCAACCUGUUGCGAGUUCUCCGGGAAGUGGAGCGGGUGCGGGACAUCAUGUCUUCUGAAGCUGUCCCACCUGAUGACGUGCCCAUCACGUUUGAGGAGCUGCAGGGGCCAUGCCGAACCCGCUAUGGGUACCCUGCCAGCGCAGACCAUCCCAGAUCCCUGCCUGCUCUGCUGGCGCUCUUUCUCCUGGCUGGAUGGCUCCUGUAG